GCCUUUCACUAUAUAUACACUCUUUUGUAUUCUUCAAUGAAUACAUACUCAAGGAGUAGUUCAUAAGUUCACUCAAACGGAAGAGAAAUCAGACCAAGAAAAAAGAAAUGGGAGUUUUUCUUCUUUCAUCACCAGCAUUUCUGGUUUUCUUCUCAUUUUUCACUUUCUGUCUACUUGUUGACCCUGUAUUUGGGAUCACCAGGCACUACAAAUUUGAUGUCAAGUUGCAUAAUGUGACACGUUUGUGCCAUACAAGGAGCAUUGUUUCGGUGAAUGGACAAUUUCCAGGGCCUCGCAUUGUAGCAAGGGAGGGUGAUCAGCUUCUCAUAAAAGUGGUCAAUCAUGUGCCUAACAAUGUUUCUAUCCACUGGCAUGGCAUUCGACAGCUUCAAAGCGGUUGGGCGGAUGGGCCAGCAUAUGUGACUCAGUGUCCCAUACAAACUGGCCAAAGCUACGUUUACAACUUCACCAUUAUAGGCCAAAGAGGGACUCUCUUUUGGCAUGCCCAUAUAUCAUGGCUAAGAGCCACUCUUUAUGGUCCCAUUAUCAUUCUUCACAAGCGUGGCAUACCUUACCCUUUUGCUAAGCCUUACAAGGAAGUUCCCAUUGUCUUCGGAGAGUGGUUCAAUUCAGAUCCUGAGGCUGUAAUUAGCCAGGCACUCCAGACUGGUGGGGGUCCAAAUGUCUCUGAUGCUUAUACCAUCAAUGGUCUCCCCGGACCACUUUAUACCUGCUCAGCCAAAGAUACAUUCAAGCUGAAGGUGAAGCCUGGCAAAACUUACCUUCUGCGUUUAGUCAAUGCGGCACUCAAUGAUGAGCUCUUCUUCAGCAUAGCAAAUCACACACUAACUGUUGUUGAUGUUGAUGCCGUUUAUGUUAAACCAUUCAAGACUGAAACUCUUCUCAUCACCCCUGGUCAGACCACAAAUGUGAUCCUUAAGACCAAACCAAGCUAUCCAAAUGCCACUUUCUUCAUGACGGCUAGACCAUAUGUGACAGGCCAAGGAACAUUCGAUAAUUCAACUGUUGCCGGUAUUUUAGAAUACGAGUCACCACCCAAUAGCCUUCAUUCAAGCAUAAUGUUGCCCUUGUUUAAACCAAUUCUACCUGCUUUGAACGACACUUCCUUUGCUACAAAAUUCGGGAGUAAACUCCGUAGCUUGGCCAGUGCACAAUAUCCUGCCAAUGUGCCUCAGAAGGUUGAUAAGCAUUUUUUCUUCACUGUUGGUCUCGGAACCAGCCCAUGCCAGCAUAACCAAACCUGCCAAGGACCUAAUGGAACCAAGUUCGCAGCUUCAGUGAAUAAUGUAUCGUUUGCAAUGCCAACUUCAGCACUACUCCAGGCUCAUUUCUUCGGCCAAUUUAACGGAGUUUACACCCCUGAUUUUCCUAGCACUCCUAUAACUCCAUUUAACUAUACAGGCUCACCACCUAACAAUACUACGGUAAGCAACGGAACAAAGGUAGUAGUGCUUCCUUUUAACACUUCCGUGGAGCUAGUUAUGCAGGACACGAGCAUUCUUGGAGCCGAAAGCCACCCUCUUCAUCUACAUGGCUUCAAUUUCUUCAUCGUCGGCCAAGGUUUUGGCAACUUUGAUCCAAAUAAGGACCCUGCAAAGUUCAAUCUGAUUGACCCCGUUGAAAGGAACACUGUUGGUGUGCCAUCAGGAGGUUGGGUUGCAAUUCGUUUUCUAGCUGACAAUCCAGGGGUAUGGUUCAUGCAUUGCCAUCUAGAAGUGCACACCAGCUGGGGCUUGAAGAUGGCUUGGAUUGUCUUGGAUGGUGAACUUCCUACUCAGAAAUUGUUGCCUCCACCAGCAGAUCUUCCUAAAUGUUGAUCGAUAUGACACUUCUUGUGUUCAUUUUGGCCGAAAACCUGCCUGAACCUUUUUUUUUUUUUUUUUAAAUUUCAGCCAUUUUGAUUUGUUGACUUUUUUUUUUAUUUUUUUUGGCAUUGGCCUAUCAAUGGUCCAAAUUUGUUUUCUUGAUUCUUGCGAAGUUAGGACAGUAAGCAAGCAAUUUAUUUUGUAACAAGCCUCAGAAGCAUAUCUGUACAAUUUGCAACUCCUCCAUACUAAAUUUAUUGCUUUAUUUUCAUUAAAA